AUGGCUCUCACCAUUUUCUCCUUUACCAUCUCUUUGGUUCUGUUCUCGUUUAUGUUUGUUCUUGCUUCUGCUAUUGAUUAUGGCUAUGGUUCAAAACCAGAAGCACUUUACAAACCAAAGUUUGAUGUGAAAGAAAAGCCCCUCCCCAUUGCUGUUGAAGGCCUUAUCCUAUGUAAAUCAGGCUCGGAAACAAUCCCAAUUAAAGGAGCUGUUGCUAGAAUAACAUGUCUAGCAGUUGAUGAACAUGGUUAUGAAAGCACUUUUAUCCCCGAUACCAUUUUAAACUAUCAAUACAAAGAAAUCAACAUAUAA